GUUCCCUUUCGCAAAAAAAAACCAACUCUUCAUAAUCUUCUUCUUCUUCACUUCUGCAACUAUAAUGGAAGAAGUACUUAACCGUCUCAACGGAACAACCCCAACACCCACCACAGAACCCGACUCCAAAAAACCAGCCGCCAACAAAAGAGCAUUACGCGAAACUACUGCCAUCGCCGGCAACGGCGGUGCCCUUAGGUACCGCGGAGUACGCCGCCGUCCAUGGGGCCGUUACGCAGCUGAAAUAAGAGACCCUCAGUCUAAAGAACGCCGUUGGUUAGGUACUUUCGACACUGCUGAAGAAGCUGCUUGUGCUUACGACUGCGCCGCACGUGCCAUGCGUGGCAUCAAAGCUCGUACCAAUUUCGUUUAUCCAACUUCUCCUCCUCCUUCUUCCACUUUUCCUUCCUUCAACUUCCCGAAACAUUCUUAUUCUCAUUCUCAUUCUCAAACUCUUGAUAAAACCUCUGCAAACAACCGACACGUGUCGUCUUCUGGUUGGUUAACCGCCUCUGAAACAAACGGUGGUGAUUUCGGUAACCAUAGAAACCCUUCAACUACUUCACUUGACAUGCUUCUCUUUCGUGAGUUCAUCAACUCUUCUAAUUCCAACUCUUCACUUCAGAAUCACUUUCACGACAACUUUUCAUAUUCCUACAACAACAACAUAGGUAAUUCUAGUACUAGUUCAACCUCUAGUUCCGGUUCUGGUUCUACUUUUCUCCCAGGUUGUUGUUUGGCGAAUUCAUGUAGUGGGGGUGUCAAUAGCAACAACAUGAACAACACCUUUGUCGGUUUAGAUGGUUCCAAACUUUCUGCUGAUGAAGAUAAUGAGUUUUUUCCUAAAGAGUCUUCUGAUUCUGGAUUAUUGGAAGAGAUUGUUAACAGGUUCUUACCAAAACCUAAGCAAGAGACUAAGCAUGAAGGUUUGGGAAAUACUUUCUGCGACCCUUUUGUUCCUGCUGCACCUGUCUAUGAUCACACGCUUGAGAUUAAAAAGGGUCUUCAAAAGAACGAUUUUUUAGGUGGUGGAUUUGAUCAAAAUGAUUUCAAUAUGCAACAGUUUGAGAAUUUUAAUAAUGGGUUUAACAGCACUUUUCAGUCUGUGCCUUUUGGAAAUGAACAAGUCAUGGUGAAUCAUCCUGAGAAUUCAGUUUUUCAGUAUCAAGAGGUUCUUAAUGCUUUUGCACUCAGGAUGCAAAAUGCUUAAUCAGUUAGUUUAAGCAUGUUAAUUAGUUUCUGUAGCUUAAUUUAUAUUAUGAUAAUUCUGUGUCUGUUGAUGUUUUAGGGUUUUGAUGUUUCUAGGUUAAACUAUGUUACUACUUUGUACUUUUCCUUCUAGCUACUAUGUUCUGAAAAGCAAUAGAUUUCAAUAUAGUAUAUUGGACAAUCCUGUAAUAUUAAUAUUUUAUGAAUGUUUUUGAGCAAGCAUGGUUUUUA